UUUGGAAGCAAUGUCGCUGUGGCUGGGACCAGCAUGGACUUGUAUCAGGACCAGAUCUCAGUGCUGUUGGGGCACAAUGGGGCAGGAAAGACGACCACGAUAAGUAUGAUUACAGGUACACGUAUGGUCAGAGCCCUGUAGCAAAUGGUCACGAGUAUGCCCCAACAAAAAAACAGGUUUAAUAUUCAUCUCGGCUAAAAUUAUUACCUUACUAAGACUGUCUGAUGAGACACAGUUGGAACAGCAUUGCAUUUUCAGAAUAUUCAUUCUCUCAUUUUUUCCCCCUAUACAUUAAGAAAAGAAUUUUUAAGAUAUAAUAGUCUCUGCAUUUGUUGAUAAUUAUGAGUUUUCAUUGGCUGAAAUCUAUAAUUUUUCAGUUUAUGAAAACAUCAAUCCGUUUUGACAGGUAAAAAUAUUCGUUGAUUCUUAUUAGUCUAACUGUGAUCCUAACCCAACUGGCCCUUACUUGCUUCUGCAAUUACACGUUUAAUAUCUCCCAGGAUUUCUCAAACCCACAAGAGGCACGGCUAUAGUCAAUGGUUAU